ACUCUCUAAGCCUAGUUGCCUAGCACCCUGAGAGGUUAAAUGAUUUAUCUAGGGUCACACAGUCAGUAUAUGUCAGAGAAAACUUUCAAAGAAAGAUUCAUGAAAAAUGUGGGAUUUGAGCUGGGCUACUGAAGGAUGGUUGAGAUUUCGAUAGUGGAAUAGGAGGGAAGAGGGCAUUCCAAGCCAGGAUAAAACCUGGGUAGGUACUUAAGGAAUAAGGAUUUAUUGUGCACCAAACACUGUGCUAAGCAUUUUACAAAUAUUAGUUCAUUUGACCUUUACAACACUACAAAGUAGGUGAUGUUACUCUUCCCAUUUUAUAGCUGAGGAAACUGAGGUAAACAGAAGUUAAAGGAUUUAGUGAGGAUCAAACAAUUAGUAAGUAUAUGAGGCUAGAUUUGAACUUUGGUCUUUCUGUCUCCAGACUUAGCACUCUAUACGCUGUGCCUCCAACUAAACAGGAAUGCCCAAAACCUCUCCUGAGAGACAGGAUGUUUUCACUCCUAUCCACUCCCUUGUCCAAGACUCCCACUCACUCUGGUUUUUUUGUGCCCAAAUAUAGAUGUUUUCUCCCCUCCCAUAACCCAGAGAGUGAAUCUGUGUCCUUGGGAUGAGUACAUACUUGUUAUACAUCCUGGAAUUCAUGAUAAAGUUAUCACUGCAAGCCUGACCUUGCUUAAUGGGGGAGGAAGAAGGCUAAGAAAACAACAACAAAAAAGAAACAAAUUUGUGGAAACCCACAUUCUGAGGCAAGGAGGAGGAUCCAAGUGCGCAGCUGUCAGUGAGGCAUGAAAUUAGCCAACUCUCUUUUGGGAUAAAGGGCAAACAGCAUCCAGGAUUACUUAGAGGACCACAGGAUUUUGAGCUGAAAGGUACUGCCUUUUCACAACUAACAGGGAUUAGAUUUGCUAGCGGCAGGGGUAGGAAUUUUCUGGUAAGAGGUAUUUGGCACUAUGCUGCCCACGGAUAGAUGGAGCUGUCUCGUGACAGGAGCAGGAGGAUUUCUGGGUCAGAGGAUUGUCCGUCUAUUGCUGGAGGAAGAAAAAGAACUAGAAGAGAUUCGAGUCCUGGACAAAUUCUUCAGCCCUCAGUUGCUAUUGGAAUUUUCAGAGCUCAAGCACAAAACCAAAGUGACUGUGCUGGAAGGAGAUAUUCUAGAUGAGCAGUUCGUCCAUAAAGCCUGCCAGGGCAUCUCUGCUGUCAUUCACACUGCAUGCAUCAUUGACACAGGAAUAUGUAUCAAGAAAGAGGUCAUCAUGAAAGUCAAUCUGAAAGGUACUCAACUCCUCUUAGAAGCCUGCAUUUCAGCUAACGUGCCUGUGUUCCUCCAUACCAGCACUCUGGAAGUGGCUGGCCCCAACUCAUUUAUAAAGCAUGUACGAAAUGGGCAUGAGGGUGAACCCCUUGAAACCAAAUGGUCCAAUGCAUAUCCCUAUAGCAAGAAGCUGGCUGAGAAGACUAUAUUGGCAGCUAAUGGGCAACUUCUUAGAAAUGGUGCCACCAUGCACACCUGUGCUUUAAGACCCAUGUAUAUAUAUGGGGAAGGGAGCCAAUUGCUCCAAGAUCAAAUAAUCAGAGCCCUAGAUAAUGAUAAGACCUUUAUAAGGAAUAAGGAGGGUGCCCAGGCCAACCCAGUCUAUGUUGGAAAUGUUGCUUGGGCACAUGUCCUGGCACUCAGAACCCUGCAAGACUCUGAGAAGGCCCAAAGCAUUGGGGGUCAGUUCUAUUACAUUUCUGAUGAUACACCUCACCAGAGCUAUUCUGAGUUUAACUAUGAAAUGACCAAGGAAUGGGGCUUCAAACUUGGAUCAAAAAUAGGCAUUCCUUUAACAUUCCUAUAUUGGGCAGCCUUCCUGUUAGAGAUGAUAAGUUUCAUGCUAGGCCCCAUUUUCAUGUAUGAACCUCCCUUUAACCGCCAUCUGCUAACAUUGACUAACAGUAUUUUUACCUUCUCCUACAAGAAGGCCCAGAAAGAUUUUGGUUAUAAGCCUCGCUUCAGCUGGCUAGAAGCCAAGCAAAAAACCAGUCAGUGGAUAGGCACACUGGUGGCACAGAACAGUGAGUACCAGAAGACAAAGACCCCCUGAUCUAGAUAUGUUUGGAACAUGGAGGCAGGGGUUCAUGAAAUCACUGCUUUAGGUCCUCCCUUUAGAGAGACAUGUUGUCCAAUACCUCCCCUGGUUAGAAAACUUCUGGACAUGUCAAUGCUCACUGUGGGAUCCCUUUCUCCUUCCUUACCAAUGAAACCCCUAGAAAAUAGGAUGAAAAAUGGAAAGGAAAAGAAAUAAAAGUUUAUUUAUUCAUUCACUUCAAGGAUUGAUUUCAAAACCAUGUGUCUUUGCUUUAAAAAGGGUAUGAUAGAAAGUCAAGGUGUCCAUGGUUUCUAUUUUCUUAUGUUUCUAUACUACUCAUGGCAAAAAAAAAAGACUUGUACUUUUUAAACUCAUUGCAUACUAAUCUAUGCAAAAAAAAUUAAUUCACAUUUAAUAAAGAUGAUGAAAAAUA